AUGAUUUAAGCUGAUCAGAAUUUAAAAUCUUUGUUAAUAUAUAAGAAAUUCCCCUUAAGAGAGCCCUUCCGAAGAAGCUAUCAAACAUUUAAUGUCAAUACUUUCGGUAAAAAAACUCCAGAUUCAUCUUUUACUUAUAGCAUUUAAAAAUAAUUUAAAAUACCUAUUUAUGCAAAUAAGUUAUAUAAAAAGAAGACCAAAAAUAUUUUUGAGCAUGAAAGUUAAUCAAUAAAUACAUCAAUACAAUUAUUACAACCUAUUUUUAUAAAGAAGACAAUAAAAAUUAGAUCAUAAUCCAUUAAUGAACCAAAUUUAUAAAAGAAUUUAUCAAAGCAAUCAAUGAUUAACAAUAUCGUAUAAAAUAGCUCGAAUGCUGAUGAUUCUUCAGAAAAUUCUGAUUUUUAGAGAUUAAAAAGAACUUAUUUGGAAAAAUAUCACAAACCAAAAGUCAAUUAAAUUGAAAGAUAGCCUCGAUUUCAAAUACAAUCAUUUAUAGAAGACUCAUUAGAUCCUUGGACUGUCGAUAUUUGA